AUGAGUUGGAAUGUUUUAACCGUUAUACGUAAUUGUGAUGUACUUUCAGAUAAGUCUCGUUACAUGAUGCUGGAACGUAAUCAGUUAAAUGAUAGCGCUCGAAUGAUUUAUCGAAAGAGAAAAUUUGAAUUUCUGGGGUGUUAUUGGAUAUUGAGUACUUGUCAAGGCAGUACCAGGCGGCGUUUUAGUCCUUCAAGGUUUUUGCCUGGAGACUUCACUCUUUGGCCUCUGUGGUGCGACACUCACGUUUAUCCUCCAUUCAUACAAAAAAAUAACACUGUGUACGAUAGUAGUGAGAGACGAGUUGAUGUGUACUCAGAUGCGCAAGUAAUAUUGAGGAUGAUCAAAGAGUCUUCGAAAAUUAAAUUGGGAUGUGCUUCACGUACUUCUGCUAUCAGUGUUGCUCGACAACUUCUACAAGCUCUUAAUUGGUCAGAUUUAUUUGAUUACACAGAAAUAUACCCUGGUUCAAAAACUGCUCACUUUAAAAGAUUUCAUGAAUUAUCUGGUAUAGACUAUGCAGAUAUGUUAUUUUUUGAUGAUGAAACUCGUAACAUUCAUGACAUUUCUAAAUUAGGUGUACAAUGUCAUUUAGUUGAACAUGGAAUAACAUUAAAUCUUUUGAAAGAUGCAUUAAAAAAAUUUCAACAACAAAGAAGAAUUCAUGAAUAUUUAAAUUGA